GCAUCGCUGGCAUUGGGAAAACCGUCUCUGUGCAAAAGUUCAUUCUGGACUGGGCAGAAGGAAAAGCCAAUCAGGACAUUGAUUUCAUCUUCACUCUUCCUUUCCGAGAUCUGAAUCUGAAAAAGGAGAGAGAAUUCAGUCUGAUGCAACUUCUGCAGCACUACUUUCCACAACUGAAAGAGAUCAAGAGUAUUGAAGGCGAUAAAGUGAAAAUUGUAUUUAUCUUUGAUGGUCUGGAUGAGUGUCGACUUCCUCUAGAUUUCCAAUGCAAUAAGAUCUGCUGUGAUAUAACAGAGUCAUCAUCAGUGGAUGUGCUGCUGACCAACCUCAUUCUGGGGAAUCUGCUUCCCUCUGCUCUCCUCUGGAUCACCUCCCGACCAGCAGCAGCCAAUCAGGUCCCUCCUGAGUGCGUCCACCAGGUGACAGAGGUACGAGGGUUCAAUGACCCAGAGAAGGAGGAAUACUUUAGGAAGAGAAUCAGAGAUAAGAAAAAGGCUAGCAGAAUUAUCUCACACGUAAAGUCAUCCAGGAGUCUGCACAUCAUGUGUCACAUACCAGUCUUCUGCUGGAUUUCUGCCACUGUGCUGGAGACAAUGUUGGGUAAAGUAGGCAAUAGAAAAAUGCCCAAAACUCUGACUGAAAUGUACACACACUUUCUGCUCAUUCAGACUAAUGUGAAGAAUGAGAAGUAUCAUGGCACCGAUGUGACAAACCCAGAAAUCUCAGAGUCAGAUACAGAAAUCCUCCUUAAACUGGGGCAGCUGGCUUUUCUACAGCUGGAAAGGGGCAAUCUGAUAUUCUAUGAAGAGGACCUGAGAGAGAGUGGCAUUGAUGUCAGUGAAGCUUCAGUGUACUCUGGGGUGUGCACAGAAAUCUUUAAAGAGGAGUGUGGAUUGGAUCAGGAGAAGGUCUACUGCUUUGUGCAUCUGAGCAUUCAGGAGUAUCUGGCUGCCUUGUUUGUGUUUCAUUCAUGUGUGAAUGAGAACAGAAAUGUACUCAGAGCAGAAGAGUCAACACCUUGCAGAGUGCAGCUGUCUGAGUUACACAGGACUGCAGUGGAUCAGGCCUUAGCGAGUAAGAAUGGACACCUGGACCUUUUCCUCAGAUUCCUUCUAGGCCUCUCUCUGGACUCCAUUCAGACUCUCUUAGGAACACUGCUGAUGCAAACAGGAAGCAGAUCACCUGUACCAGACCCUCAGACAGGAAGCAGAUCACCAGUGCCAGAGCCUCAGACACAGACAGGAGGCAGAUCAUCUGUACCAGACCCACAGACAGGAAGCAGAUCACCAGUGCCAGACUCACAGACCGAGAGCAGUUCAAAGAGCAUUAGGAAAACAGUCUGGUACAUUAGGAAGAAAAUCAAAGAAGACUCUUCAGCAGAAAGGACCAUCAAUCUGCUCCACUGUCUGAAUGAACUGGAUAAAAACACUCUAGUGGAGCAAAUGAAGAAGUUCCAGAGAUCAGGAAAACUCCCUAAUGAAAAGCUGCAACCACACCAAUGUUCAGCCCUGGCCUUUAUGUUACUGAUGUCAGAGGAGAUCCUAGAUGAGUUUGACUUGAAGACCUGCAACACAUCAGCAGCAGGUUUUCAGAGACUGCUACCAGUACUCAGGAACUGCAGGAAGGCCAUACUGAACAGCUGUGACCUCACAGAGAAGUCCUGUGAAAUUGUGGCCUCUGCUCUCCAGUCAUCAAACUCACCCCUGAGAGAUCUGGACCUCAGCAACAAUAACCUGGGAGAUUCAGGAGUGAAGCUGCUCUGUGCUGGACUGAUGAGUCCAAACUGUAAACUACAGAGACUGGGGCUGGGUUGGUGUAAUAUCACAGAUGGCGGCUGUGAUGUUCUGGCCUCAGUCCUGCGCUCUCCUCACUCAGAGCUGAGAGAUCUGGAGCUCAGAGACAAUGACCUGCAGGAUUCAGGAGUGAGAGCGCUCUCUGCUGGACUGGAGGACCCACACUGUAAAGUGCAGAGACUGGGGCUGGGUUGGUGUAAUAUCACAGAUGGCUGCUGUGAUGUUCUGGCCUCAGUCCUGCGCUCUCCUCACUCAGAGCUGAGAGAUCUGGAGCUCAGAGACAAUGACCUGCAGGAUUCAGGAGUGAGAGCGCUCUCUGCUGGACUGGAGGACCCACACUGUAAAGUGCAGAGACUGGGGCUGUCAGGCUGUAGAGUCACACAGAGAGGCUGUGAUUCUCUGGCUUCAGCUCUGUGUUCAAACCCCUCACACCUGAGAGAGCUGGACCUGAGAUACAAUCACCCGGGAGACUCAGGAGUGAGAGCGCUGUCUGCUGCUAAACUGGACACACUCACACUGCUUGUGGACCAUGGAGGAGAGAACAGGACCAAACCAGGACCCAGGAAAUACGGCUGUCAGCUCACACUGGAUCCAAACACAGCGCACAGAGAGCUGUCUCUGUCUGAGGGGAACAGGAGGGUGACACACACAUGGGGGAGAGAGAAGCAGCCAUAUCCUGAUCAUCCAGAGAGAUUUGAGCGUGUGCGCCAGGUUGUGUGCAGAGAGAGUGUGUGUGAGCGCUGUUACUGGGAGGCUGAGUGCAGUGUGUCUGAGGAGGGAGUGGUUUAUAUAGCAGUGACAGAUAAAGGAAUCAGCAGGAAAGGACGGGGUUCUGACUGUAUGUUUGGACUGAAUAAAAACUCCUGGAGUCUGAGCUGCUUUAAGCGCGGUCACUCUGAUAAACUCAGUUACUCUGUCUGGCACAAUAAGAACCCAACACACAUACCUGCCCUCACCUCCCCCUACCGCAGAGCAGGAGUGUGUGAUGAUGAUGAUGAUGAUGGUAGAGGAGUGUGUGUGUACAGGGUAGGAGUGUGUGUGGACCGUCCAACCGGCACUCUGUCCUUCUACAGCGUCUCUGACUCUGACACACUGACCCUCCUGCACAGAUUCCACACACACUUCACUCAACACACACCCCUCUGUGCUGGAUUUGGAGUGUGUGACUCCUCAGUGUCCCUCUGCCAACUGGAGUAGAGACACACACACACGCACGUGCGCGCACACACAAAUAUGCACGUGCACACACACGCAUACACACACACACACGUGCGCAUACACACUCGCACACAUGCACGCACACACAAAUACAUACACUCAUGUACACACACACACACACCACAUUCAUAUACCCACUCACACACACACACCACACACACUCAUAUACACAUACACCCACAUACACACAUCCACACACACACACAUACAUUCACACACACCCUUGCUUUCUCACACUCAUGCACACGCACUCACAAAUACACACACUGAUGUACACUCAUGCACACGCACUCACACACCUACGCACGCACACACUCGUGCACACACACUCACACUCUUACACACACAUACACACCCUCUCACACCCAAUCACACACAUGCACACACACACCUACACACAUGAACACACACAAUCUCUCGCACACACGAACAAACACAUUCACCAGUGCACUCUCACGCACACACACAUGCAUACAUAUGUACACACGCUCAUAACCGUAUGCACACACACACUUUCUCUCUCUCUCAUACUCAGUCACUCACACACACACCCUCUCUCUCACACACACACACUCACAUCCACACACAUUCACACAAACGCACGCACACACACACAAACUCAUGCACUCACGCACGCACACAUACAUGCGUGCAGAGACACAAACACGUGUCAACACACACAUUCACAUUCCCAUACGCAUGCACACACAUGUAUAAACACACACACAUUCACAUUCCCAUACGCAUGCACACACAUGUAUAAACACACACACAUUCACCAGUGCACUCUCACGCGCACACGCAUGCAUGCAUACAUACACACGCUCAUAAUCGUAUGCACACACUCUCUCUCUCUCUCUCUUUCUCUCAUACUCACACACACACACACCCUCUCUCUCACACACACACUCACAUCCACACACAUUCACACAAACGCACGCACACACACACACAAACUCAUGCACUCACGCACACACACACAUGCCUGCAGAGACACAAACACGUGUCAACACACACACUCCUCAGUGUCCCUCUGCUAACUGGAGUAGACACACACACAUGCACGUGCACACACACACACAUGCAUACACACACACAUGUGAGCAUACACACUCCAACGCAUGCACACACACACACAGACAUAUAUAUACACACACUCUCAUGUACAGAUACACACACUCAAUCACACACUCACACAUACACACACACACAAAAACACACUCGCACACACACGCAUACACACACACACACACGUAUAUAUACACACACACACUCGUAUAAACAUACACACACACUCAAUCACACACUCACACAUAUAUAUAUACACACUCAUAUGCACCUAGACUCACACACAUGCACUCACACAUCUACACACACUCUCGCACAACCAGUCACACACACACCCUCUCUCUCUCACAUACACUCCAUCACACACACACAUACUCUUACACACACCCUUUCUCUCUCAGUCAUGCACACGCACUCACAAAUACAUACACUCAUAUUUACUCAUGCACACGCACACACAGACCUAUGCACGCACACUCUCUCACACCCAGUCACUCACACACACCUACACACGGGCACACACAAUCACACACACACACACACACGCAUGCACACAUACACACGCUCAUACACACACACUUUUUCUCUCACUCACACACUCACAUACAGUAUACAGACACACACAUUCGCAAACGCACACACACACACACAUUUAUGCAAUCACGCACAAACACAAACGUGUCAACACACACACAUUCUCAUUCCCAUACGCACGCACGCACACACAUGUAUAAACACACACAUUCUCUUACCCAUACGCACACACACACAUACUCAUGCACUCACACAUGCAUACACAUACAUGCGUGCACACACCAUAUACACAUAUAUACACAAACAUUCUCAUACCCAUACAUACACACACACACACACACAUGUAUAAACACACACACAUUCACAAAGGCACUCUCACACACACACACACACACAUAAAACAUACAUAAACUCAUUCUCUUGCUUGCACACACACUCAAAUAAAAAAUCACACACACAUUCACACAAACGCACGCACACACACUUUCUCUUACCCAUACACACACGCCCCCGUGUGUACACAUACUCAUGCACUCAAUCAUACUCUCACACAUACACACACACAUACAUGCGUGCACACGCACACACACACAUACUCAUGCACUCAAUCAUACUCUCACACAUACACACACACAUACAUGCGUGCACACGCACACACUUUCUCUUACCCAUACACACACACAACCAAAUGGUAAAUGGUAAAUGGACUGCAUUUAUAUAGCGCUUUUAUCCAAAGCGCUUUACAAUUGAUGCCUCUCAUUCGCCAGAGCAGUUAGGGGUUAGGUGUCUUGCUCAAGGACACUACGACAUGCCCAGGGCGGGGUUUGAACCGGCAACCCUCCGACUGCCAGACAAUCGGUCUUACCUCCUGAGCUAUGUCACCCCAUAGGCACACACAUACUCAUGCACUCACACACAUACACACACAUGUUCACAUCCACAGUCACUCCCACAAACGUACGCAUGCAUGCACACACAUUCACAAAUUCACGCACACACAAACACACUCUCACCCGAUCACACCUUCUUAGCUGUCCAUUGUGUUCGAUGAUGACGCUUGCUCCGGGGGGUGGGGGGGGGUGGGGGGGGGGGGCGGUUCAGCGUCGUUGACGCUGGUGCCACUUCAUGUGGCUGUGGAGGCCGAUGCGUGAGCCACACACUCGUCCACAGCUGGGGCAAGGGAACCCAGAUGUUGGGGCAAUGCCGGCAGCCCUCUGGUGUCGUUGGGCACGUCUUUCGGUCCUCCUCUGUUGGAUGGUGUAAUGUAUUUGCUCGGUCACUCUGCCCAAUAUUAUAACUCCUGUACAUAAGAGUAAUAUCUUUUAGCAGUUCAGGUUAAGCACUUGCUGUCUAAAUGUGAUAUUUUUUUACAUUUCAAUACAUUUAUAUUGCAGAUGUUCAAGGUGUGUUUAUGUACUUUUGAUUAUUAAAACAUUAAUAUAACAUUGAGAGUAAUAAUGCCAAAAGAUGGCAGGGUAAAAUGUUUUUGAAGUAAUAAUUCUAUCUGCUGUAUCUGCAUAUUUUUUAAAAGAAUCCAGUGGCAAACUCCUCCACUUAAAUGUGCAUUUUACUAGUUUUUAUAGUUGCUUUCAUUCAUUUUCACAAGAGUUCCAAUGUGCAAAUUUCUGUUGGCAAAUGCAGCUGAUAGGGAGAAUGCAGAAUGAUCACUGCAGUGUACUUAUUUCCUUUCAUUACUGUAAACAAUGAUGGAUUGAGUUUCCUUAUUAAUUCUUUUAGGAUUGUUUUUUUUUUUUUUUUUUGCUUUAAUUUUCUGUAUUUUCAGACAAUAAUAUGCAAUGAUUAAACCUGAAUUAUUAAAAUAUCAAA